CUAAGGGGGUGGAGUUAGGCGCUCUUCCCCUGGCGUUCAGAGCGCGAUAUGGCGUGCGGUUUUCGUAGGUCCAUUGCCAGUCAGCUUUCCAGAGUGCUGGAUCUUCCACCAGAAAACUUAAUCAAGUCAAUAUCUGCAAUUCCAAUUUCCAAAAAAGAAGGGGUAGCUGAUUUUCAGCUUGCUGUGGAUUCCUUAUUGGGAAACAGAAAUGACCAUUCAAGACCAGAUAAUCAAGUUCAAGCCAAGAGACUGGCAGAGAAGCUUAAAUGUGACACGGUGGUGAGUGAGAUUAGCACUGGCCCAGGGACCAUAAAUUUCAAGAUAAACAGAGAGCUGUUAACAAAGGCAGUGCUACAACAAGUAAUUGAAGAUGGCUCAAAAUACGGAUUAAAAAGUGAACUUUUCUCCGGUCUUCCACAGAAGAAGGUCAUUGUAGAAUUCAGUUCACCUAAUGUUGCCAAAAAAUUUCAUGUUGGACAUCUGCGUUCUACUAUCAUAGGAAAUUUUAUAGCCAAUCUCAAAGAAGCCUUAGGACAUCAAGUAACAAGAAUAAAUUACCUUGGUGAUUGGGGCAUGCAAUUUGGUCUUCUGGGGACCGGCUUCCAACUGUUUGGCUAUGAAGAAAAACUUGAGUCCAAUCCUUUACAGCACCUCUUUGAGGUUUAUGUACAAGUUAAUAAAGAAGCAGCAGAUGAUAAAAAUAUAACCAAAUCGGCGCAUGAAUUCUUCCAACGACUGGAACUGGGUGAUAUGCAGGCACUUUCACUGUGGCAGAGAUUUCGAGACUUGAGCGUUAAAGAAUACAGUCAGAUUUACAAGCGUCUAGGAAUAUACUUUGAUGAAUACUCAGGAGAAUCAUUUUAUCGUGAAAAAUCUCAAGAAGUCUUAAAGUUGCUGGACAGUAAAGGACUCCUACAAAAAACAGUGAAAGGAACUGCUACGGUGGAUCUCUCUGGGAAUGGUGAGCCCUCUUCAGUUUGCACUGUAAUGCGAAGUGACGGAACUUCUCUCUAUAUGACAAGAGACCUUGCAGCUGCUAUCGAUCGAAUGGAUAAGUAUAAUUUUGAUACAAUGAUUUAUGUGACAGAUAAAGGGCAGCAAAAGCAUUUUCAGCAACUGUUCCAAAUGCUGAAGAUCAUGGGCUACGACUGGGCAGAAAGGUGCCAGCAUGUGCCCUUUGGAGUAGUGCAGGGAAUGAAGACCCGAAGAGGAGAUGUCACUUUUCUGGAAGAUGUCUUAAAUGAGAUUCGACUCAGGAUGCUGCAGAACAUGGCUUCCAUUAAGACAACUAAAGAACUUCCAAACCCACAAGAGACUGCGGAAAGGGUCGGGCUGGCAGCGCUUAUUGUUCAGGACUUCAGAGGUUUGCUUUUAUCUGACUAUCAGUUCAGCUGGGAUCGUGUUUUCCAGAGUCGUGGGGACACAGGAGUGUUCCUGCAGUACACACAUGCCCGCCUCCACAGCUUGGAAGAGACUUUUGGAUGUGGUUACCUGAAUGACUUUAACACUGCUUGUUUACAAGAGCCACAGUCUAUUUCAGUUCUCCAGCAUCUUCUCAGGUUUGAUGAGGUGCUGUAUAGAUCGUCUCAGGACCUUCAACCCAGGCACAUCGUUAGUUACCUGCUAACUCUAAGUCAUCUUGCAGCUGUGGCACACAAAACCCUCCAAAUAAAAGAUAGUCCUCCUGAAGUGGCUGGGGCCAGACUGCAUCUUUUCAAAGCUGCCCGUUAUGUCCUAGCCAAUGGAAUGAGACUUCUUGGAAUAAUGCCUGUAUGUAGGAUGUAAUUUCUCAUUGAAAAGGACUUAUCACAAUGCUAAAUAAAUGCAAAUUAUGUUUACUGGG